UCCAUUAAAAACGGAAUUCAUUCCAAAAUUCAAUUUAGGUUCCAUUGACAUUGAACUAUUGUUCAGAUAGCACUUAGUUGUAAAUCGCUAUAGAAGUUAGGAAUCAGAAUGUCCGGGAAACCCAAAAACAAUCAGUAUAAUGAUGACGAAUUGGUGCCACCUGAGUGGUUCAACUCCGAGUUCAUAGCCCGUGUUCUGGAAGCCCAUGAAUUGUUUUCAGCAACCAGAGUUCCUAGAGCCGUACACUCACGGAUUGUUUAAGAUGCCACACGUCCUGACCGUGCCCUUUAUGAAAACUGGAAUGGAAUUCUUUGUGGAACUUUUGGGUAAGAAGCCGGAGCUGCAUAAGUACAAGCCGUACUUCGAAAUCAUCAAGGACGAUUUCCUGGAGCGAUGAGUUGAGGAGUGGAAGGAUAUUCGAAGAAACCAGAAAAAGGACGAGUACUGGGUGCUUUGCCACGGAGACCUGCACCUGCGCAACAUUAUGUUCAAGUAUAAGGAUUCUGGAUCCUUCGACGACUGCAUGCUGCUGAGCUUUCAAAUCAGCAAGCUGUUUCCUCUGGCAUUCGAUCUGGUUUCGAUCUGA